AUGGAGAGUGGCUCAGGCUCUCCGCCACCCACAGUCGUUUCAUCCCCAAACAAGCGCCUCAAAACCCUGAUUUCCAGUUCGACGGGCAUCGAAGACAUCGGCGAGGCAGAAUCCGGAUCAGAAACCAAAGGGAAGCAACCUAUGCCGACGGAUGGCGGGGAUUCCUCUAUAUGCUGCGGAAUCUGCUGGUCCGACGGCGGGAAAGCAAUCAGAGGCUUCGUCGACAGCUGUGAUCACUACUUCUGCUUCGUUUGCAUCAUGGAGUGGGCGAAGAUCGAGUCUCGUUGCCCUAUGUGCAAGCGCAGGUUCACCGCCAUUCGCAGACCUUCCAAAGCUGGCGUUUUCCGUACCGAGCGCGUCGUUCCUGUCCCCGAGCGCAAUCAGUAUGGCGUCGUCGCGGGGGAUCGGCCUUUUGAUCCUUUUGCUCAUGUUGAAUGCGCUGUAUGCCAUGGUACACACGAGGAGAAUUUAUUACUGCUUUGCGAUCUUUGUGAUUCUGCGUCUCACACCUUCUGCGUAGGCCUCGGUGCCACUGUGCCAGAUGGGGAUUGGUUUUGCCAUGAUUGUUCUGUUUCUAGGACUGAACAUGAUAGCAUUCAACCAGAUAAUGAUGAUGAUGUUUGUGGCAGUAGAGAUUUGGAAGGAAAGCUAGAUGGCGAAUCUAGCGUUUUGAGGGACAAGCAGCCUACUGACGAGGACAAUGAUGCAGGUGAAACCUCUAGUGGGAGGGAGACAGAAGAAGCAAGUGUUUCUAUUCGUGAUCUAGUACACGAGCAAGAUUGGUGUAUGCCUAGUAGGUGGCGGAAGCGGAGAGUGCAAGAAGUUACUAGACCAGGUAAAAGAAGUGCCACCCAUACUGAGCUAGAUGAAAGUACGUUAGGAAACCGGAAUGUGGCAGAUAAUGCAGCUGCUGAAAAUGGGGCUAGAACGCUGACAGGAUGUCGUAAUGUGCACACUUACAUACGCUCAAUCCGUGAGAAUUGGGAUGGGUUGCGAAGUGGGUCCUUGAGAUUCCGUUCAAAUGAAUCGAUUAAUAGCAGUAGCAAUGCAGGACAAAGUUCAGCUGCUGUUUUGCCUGAGCAAAAUUGCUUGCCUACGUCGAAUGCCCAGCAACUUGGGGUUACGAACGAUUCUCCUGGCACUGCUAGUGCUAGUCAAGAAACACGAUCUGAUGACAUAGAUAAAGCUUGGAAAAUGAUGCUUCAGGCAAAAUCGGUACAAUUGGCAUGUCAAAGAGGCACGAAAAGUAUGCAGCAGGUAUCUAAAUGUCCUUCAGUCAGGGUGAGUACUUCAAAAGAAGCUGAUAAUAGAAGCUUGAGAUUGCAUUCCUCAAAAACCCACGAACUUGGGACUAAGGAGUGCCGAGGUGCCACUCCUGGAACACAUGAGCUUUAUUCCCGGGGAAAAACCGAGAAACAGGUACCCUCAAUCUGUACACAAAAGGCUCACUCCAAUAUGCAAAAGCAUGUAAAAGUAACCACGAAAGAUAGUGCGGGGCCUAGCUGCAGACUCUCAGUGGCAUCUUCCUCUGCUGGUUCAAAUGUUGUUCAUGAGAACAGACAUAAUGAGUUGUCCCGGAAACUAGUUGGAAGUGGUUCCAAGAGUCGCGUGGAUAAGAAGAAUGGAGCAUCCUGUUUGUCAACUGCAGUAUUACCAGGGUCUUUGCAAACCUCUGCAUUAACCCCCACAAAGGCAGGUGUCGUUAAUGGGAAUGUUGCAUCCCAUAAGGCUGUUGCUGUUGGUGACAGAGGGCAGGAUGAUGAGGCAAAAACAGAGAUCCAGUCACUUGUGAAGCUCAACUUAAAGCUUUUGAGCGGUGGCAAACAUUUAGGGGUAGAGAGAUUCAAGGAAGUAGCAAGGGUCUCCACGCAUACAAUUUUAGCAGCAUGUGGCUUGGAGCAUUCAAGAAGAGCCGUGCGUUCAAUCCCUAGCCCUGUGUGCAAGCACACUGAGGAGAUCGCAAAAUGUAGUAACGGUAUUGCUAUUUUGAUUCCAAGCUGUUGCAGAGAUUGCUUUCUCGGCUUUGUAAAGGAAGUUGUCGAGUUGAUUUUGUCGGAGAAAAGUGCAUGA